CACCCAAAUACUAAACUUUGAAACUUUUUCUGACAUGAUAUUAUACUUCACAUUUCCUUUAGGCAGGAAAGAAAUCUUUGUGAAAUGAGUUCCUAAUUAAACAGAGAUCUAGAAUGAACAAAGGAGAGACCAUCUAUAUUCAUUGACGAAGGACCUGGGAAUGACAUGAAUAGUGACAUUCAAAUAUUUAAUCAGGUGAGAGGGAUGGGAGUGCAUUUUGAUUCUGGGAGACUUUCAUAAAAAAACAACAAAAAGCCUUAAUGGAAAUGUGUGCUUGCACAUUUAAAAGUGACUUUGUUUUAAAAGAAGUUAUUUUAUGAGUCAUUUGGAGGAAAGUCUGAUUUACUAACAUGUUGGUCUCUUGUCUGAUAGCGUAAGCAUCUCCAUUAUUUGUAGUAUUGUUACAAGACUCCAAUACUCCUCAGUGCUUUUAGUCAUGCUGGGGAAAAACAUCACUCUGGCCAGUGAAUUCAUCUUGGUGGGCUUCCCCACUGCCCCAUGGCUACAAGUCCUGCUCUUCUUCCUCUUCCUUGUGGUCUACUUGCUGGUGAUAAUAGAGAAUCUUAUCAUCGUGCUCACUGUUUGGAUCACUGGCUCCCUCCAUAAGCCCAUGUACUAUUUCCUGAGUAGCUUGUCCUUUCUGGAGGUCUGGUAUGUCUCUGUCACAGUCCCCAAGAUGCUGGAUGGAUUCCUUUUGCAGAAACGGCGCAUCUCCUUCACAGGUUGCAUGACCCAGCUCUACUUCUUUAUCUCACUCGCCUGCACAGAGUGUGUGCUUCUGGCAACCAUGGCCUAUGACCGCUAUGUGGCCAUUUGCCACCCUCUCCAAUACCCAGUCAUUAUGACCACAGGUUGUUGUGUACAGCUGGUGGCGUUCUCCUAUGUAAGUGGUUUCAUGGUCUCUGUCAUCAAAGUUUAUUUCAUUUCACAUGUUGCCUUUUGUGGUUCUAAUGUCAUGAACCACUUUUUCUGUGAUAUCUCACCAAUCCUUAAGCUGGCUUGCAAAGACAUGUCCACAGCUGAGCUAGUGGACUUUGCUUUGGCUAUUGUCAUUCUUGUCUUCCCACUCAUCACCACUGUCCUUUCCUAUGUAUACAUUGUCUCCACCAUUCUGCGGAUACCCUCCACCCAGGGAAGGAAGAAAGCCUUCUCCACCUGUGCAUCCCACCUCACUGUGGUCAUAAUUUAUUAUACAGCCAUGAUUUUUAUGUAUGUUCGGCCCAGAGCUAUUGCAUCAUUUAAUUCCAACAAACUAAUCUCAGCUGUGUACGCAGUCCUCACACCCAUGCUAAAUCCCUUCAUCUACUGCCUUAGAAACCAGGAAGUAAAAAAUGCUGUCAAAAAGACCAUGGGGGUUGGGCAGUGCCUCCUGCUUAGCUAAGCCCUGCUGCCUUGAGGAGGAGACAGUGUUUCAGCAAGGAUAACAUUCCUAUGACACUUUUCAUGAUUCUGCUUAUUAGUGUUAUUCUAUAGAUCUACAUUCUGAAAGAAAUCACAGCAUGAGAUGAGAGGAA